ACGUGAACGCAAGUGCCAAUGCGACAUCUUCCGGCAGAUGGAACACCACGGAUAGUCCUUACUGGCACCGGACUUCUCAGAGAUGGCCGUACUGGGGGAUGACCACCCAGAGACCCAGCUACUACUGCCCCAACGAUCCCUGCUCAAGUUCCCCGUGUUACAAUGGAGGCACGUGUUGGUCCACCAGGAACACCUACUAUAACAGGUACAGGUUCUACUGCCAGUGCCCCACUGGGACAUCAGGGAAAUACUGUGAGAGCUACAUAGGGUGGCCACAAUAUGCUACAACACAGAGCUGGUAUCAAGGCAUUCGCCUUGUCGGGGGUAAAACACCUUACGAGGGACGCGUAGAAGUUUACCAUAAUGGAGAAUGGGGUACAAUCUGUGACGACAACUUUGAUGUUAACGACGCUCGUGUUAUUUGCAGAAUGCUAGGUUACGGAACGUCUAGCGUAGCCGCCUACCAAGGUGGUCGUUUUGGACAGGGCUACGGUAGAAUAUGGCUGGAUGAUCUCCGCUGCAGAGGAUAUGAACAUGACGUCACUUCCUGUAGUCACGCGGGUUGGGGACGUCAUAACUGCGGUCACCAGGAAGACGCCAGUGUCUCGUGCAGUGCAGGCGGCACUUUGACCACAAGGAAACCAUGGGGCUAUGAAAUGACAACCCAACAGGCGUCAUGCCGGUACAGUCCUUGUCGUAAUGGAGGUACUUGUGUGGAUUACGGCAAUGGAUUCUACCAUUGCUACUGCCCACCAAAAACGUCAGGAAGGAACUGUGAAUACAUAGGAGAGUGUACAGUGAACCCGUGUAUGAAUGGAGGGACGUGCAGGAACGUCAACUAUCCCCCGUACUACUACUGUAUGUGCCCGAGAUAUUACUCGGGACAGAAGUGCGAAUCAUAUUCAGACCCAUGUCGCUACUUGACCUGUUACAAUGGUGGCAGCUGCGUUCGUCGGUGGGAUAGUUUUGCCACGUGCCAGUGUUAUGGGCCAUACACCGGAAGACAGUGUGAAUACAGAAUGGAGGGGGGCUUCACCGCUGAAAGAGGCAAAGGCGUCACAUAUUCCUGGGAGUAAGGACUGCACUGACCCCGGAACUGACCUCGCAACACCCACCAGGACACGAUGGCGAAGAACUGGACCGAUUAAUUGGACUUAGAGCAAACUAAUCUUGUAUGGAACUGCAGAGUGGAUAAUCCUUGUAGCUAGACUGGGGAGAUCCCUAACCUGCCUCUAUCUUUAUAGAUUCCUUUACAUGUAGCACUCGGCGACACUAUGGCGGAUUCAUUUUGCUUUUAAGUGAAAUAAAAAGCUGUUUUAUUAAAUCUAAUGAAACACAAUCAUAGAAAUGCCCGAUAAAAUUGCUUAAAUGGCUUAUAAGGGGAAUAUUGGGGAUAAUAAUGUAAUUUGCUGUGAAGGGACAGAUUUUAUUGGUCAGUCUUAGGGAUGAUAACAUGCUUUUCUCAAAAGACUUUUCAAACCGAAAUUUAACAGACUUCGUAUGAUUACUGUGUGAUGUGGCUUCAUUUUGUGGGCUUUUAUAAAUAAAUGCAUUUCAUUUUAAAAUA